AUGUCGACAAUAACUCUUAAUAAUCCUAAUAAUCUAACACCACAACCACCACAACAACAACAAGGAUUUCAUCAAUGUCAUGCAUGUGGUUGUGGUGUUUUGGGGGGCAAUCAAUCUGAUAAUUAUGGGGGCAAUCAAUCUGGUAAUUAUGGAGGCAAUCAAUCUGGUAAUUAUGGGGGCAAUCAAUCCAGUAAUUAUGGAGGCAAUCAAUCUGGUAAUUAUGGGAAUUACAGGAAUAAUGCACGUCCAAAUUAUCAAAGUAGUCGAUCGAAUUAUCCAAAUCAUUUUAAUAGUCAAAAUCGAAAUGGUAAUUAUCGUUCACGUUCCCGUUCUCCAUAUUACAAUUCUGGUCGCCGUUCUUAUCAAAAAACUUAUUAUAAUAGAAAUUAUCGACCACAACGGCAACAACAAUAUAAUAAUAAUCGUCGUGGUUAUUAUCGUGGUAAUUUUCGUAAUAAUUAUCAAAGACAAUAUCAUCAACCACAUCCAAUAACAAUGGGUGACUUUCUACCACAACAAUUACAAAAUGGUCAAAAUAUUCCAUCACAUACUACGAAUGAUAUUUCUGCUAAUGUAUUACCACAACGGCCACAAUUUGCUAAUAAUAAUACUACACAACCUUUUGUGGUACAGCAAGAUAAUCAAAAUAAUCAAAUUCAACCACAAGGUCAACAACAACGAACUAAUACUACAUCAUCUCAUAGACGUCGAGAACGUCGCCGACAACAGCAGCAAUAUCGUAAAAAUAAAAUUAUUAAUAAUAAUAAUAAUAAUAAUCGAUUUGCUAUACUUGCCGAAGAACAACAAUUUACUGAUGAUGAAGAAGAAAAUAUUAAUUAUGAUAAUCAAAUUAAUAAAACGAAUAAGAAAAAUAAGAAAAAUAAAACAAAAAUUCGUUCUUAUCUUAAUCAUAAUCGUAUUUUAAAUUAUUUCAAAAAUAAUGAAAAUAUACCAAAAAAAUUUAGUGAUUUAUUGCAAGAUAAUAGAGCGUGUGAUGGUGUUGAAAAUUUUCUUAUUAAUUCAGCUCCUGUUUAUGAUGAACAGAUUAGAGCAGAAUAUGAAUUACAAGUAUGGAGAAAUUAUUUAAAAUUAGGCAAAGAAUAUAAACACUGGGCCAAAGAAGUUGUUCAACGUACGAAGAAACGUGAUGAUAAUAUAAAUAUACGUUUUGUUGAUAAAAAAAGUAAUCAAUUAUCAUCAACAAUCCAUCAAACACGUGCAACAAUUUCUAGAUUAGAAAUAGAAUUUGGUGAUUAUUGGACACAAAUAGCACAACGUAAAAAUUAUGUAAAAAAUGUUAACACAACAGUUCAAACAAGUACAGAUUUUAAUACUACUACAUCAACGUCUACUCGUAUUCCACGUCUUGCUUUUGAUAUUGAUCAAUUUGGAAAGUUAAUAUCAAAUUAUAUUGAAGAUUGUUUAAAACAUGUGAAAAAAAUGUGUGAUAGACGUAUCUUAUUAGCUAAAGCACAAAUGGAAGAGUAUAAAGCAUUAGAAGAAUUUGAAAAAAUCUCUACUGCACCACAUAAAAUUAUCCAUUUAGUUUUAAAGCCUAAAAUGAAGAUAUGGUCUAUUAAAAAUAAAAAUUUUCAUAUGACACAAAAACGUCUUCAAUCUAAUUUACUCCCAAAAUUUAUUACAAAAAAUGAUUUAUCGUUUAAAAUUGAUGAAUCGAUAUUAAAACAAGAUGAUAUACAAAUUAUAUAUAAUGAUAUGCAGCAGAUAAAAAAUGAAUUUUAUAGAAAAAGUAUGGAAUUAUAUUCUAGCGUAGCUGCUAGUGAAUUUGAUAUAAUAAAAAAUGAAAUCGAGAAAAUUAUUGAAGAAAAUCGACCUGAUACACUUUUUAUUACUCGAAAUGAUGAUAAUGUAAAUUUAAAUGAUGCGCAGCAGCAAAGUCAAGAUUAUAAUAAAGAAGAAAAAAGUUAUGCUGCCUUUGAACAUUAUCAUCAAUUACGUAUUAAACGUUUAAAUUUAGAAGCCGAACAAUCCUCAACAACAACAAGAAGAUAUUGCCCCGACUCAUUUAUUAUCGGUCCAAAUAUAAUUAAUGAAGCAACACAAAUGAAAUUAACUGAAGAAGAAUAUCAACUAUUAAAUUUACGCCCUCGAUUUAUUUUCAAUGAUCUAAAAACAGCUGCACAACGACGUACAACUGAGUUGGCUACACUUCGAAGAAAAAUAGAAACUCGAUUUUUCGAGAAAAAGGUUAGCCCCGGUCGUCCAGUUCAACAAUUUAUUGCUGAAUUAGAUACUCUUCUUCAAAAUCUUCACAAUAGUUCGUCUUCUAUUACUACAAAUUGUCGUCAAAUAACAAGUCAAAAUACUUCUAUUACUAUUCCAAAUGAUCUUAUUAUUUCAAGUCAGCCUCAGAUGAAUAUUCGGUUGAUUAAAAAGAAGAAAAAUUAUCACCGAUUAAUUAAAAGAUUGAAAUAUAAAUUUCGAUUGACAAAUACGAUUAUAAGAAAAACUGAUAAAUCAAAAGUAUUCCAUCUGGGCAAAUUAGAAAAUUAUGAAAAAGGAUCUAAAGAAUAUAUGAAUAAAACUAAUGCUUAUGUAUGCCUUGGUACUGAUGAUUCAUUACCCGAUUUAGUUCAACGUGCUAAUCAAUAUUUAUUAAAUCUACAUCUAGCUAAAUGGAUUACACAAAAACAAUAUGAGCAAUUAUGUAUUAAAGUAGAUGAAGUUGAAAUAGCUCAUCUAUAUUACUUACCAAAGGCUCAUAAAGCAGGAACUCCUCUUCGGCCAAUUAUUUCAGAUCUAAAACAUUCAACAAUAAAGAUUUCCAAGUUUCUUGAUGAUUUAUUACGACCAUUAUUUGAUAAAAUGGCCUCUAACACAACUGUUACAUCUGGCUUUGAAUUAGUCAAAAAAUUACAAGAAUGGUCACAACUUAAUAUAAAAAAAGAAACUGUAUUAUGUACAAUUGAUGUAGCUGACCUAUAUACAAUGAUUCCACAAGUUGAAGGAGUACUUACGUUAAAAAAGAUGCUCGACUUUCUACAGAUAAAACAAAUUAAAGAUUUAAAGGUCGAAGCUAUUAUACGUUUAACCAGAUUUGUUAUGCAAAAUAAUUAUUUUAAAUAUAAUGGCCAAUAUUAUCAUCAAAUAAGAGGUGGAGCUAUGGGACCUCCACUUACAUUAACCGUUGCUAAUUGCUAUAUGUUUUUCUACGAACGUGAUAUCGUUCGACAAAUUAGCAAUAGUGGUGGUCUUUAUUUACGUUAUAUUGAUGAUUUAUUUAUUAUUAUUAAUUGGCCUGUACGUCAUUUUAUGAAACAGAUUGAUCGAUGGAAUAAAUUUGACGAAAAUAUUAAAUUAUCAGCUAAUAUCAACUCAUAUGCUGAUUUUUUAGAUGUACAUAUUGAAAAUAGAGAUGGUCAACUAUUUACUACAGUUUAUUACAAGCCAUCCUAUGAACCAUAUUCCCUCUAG